AUGAACAGCAGCAGUAGUAGUAGUAGUACGUUUUGCGCAGUUCCUCCAGGGUUCCGAUUCCAUCCGACCGACGAAGAGCUGGUGGACUACUACCUCAGGAAGAAAGUCAACUGCCGGAGGAUCGACCUUGACGUCAUCAGAGACGUCGAUCUUUACAAGAUCGAGCCAUGGGACCUUCAAGUGCACAUUCAUGCAGGGAGUGAAGAGCAGAGCGAGUGGUAUUUCUUCAGCCACAAGGACAAGAAGUACCCGACGGGGACGAGGACCAACAGGGCGACGAACGCAGGGUUCUGGAAGGCGACGGGGAGGGACAAGGCGAUCUACACGAAGAACGAGCUGAUCGGGAUGCGGAAGACCCUUGUUUUCUACAAGGGUCGUGCUCCGAACGGACAGAAGUCGGACUGGAUCAUGCACGAGUACCGACUCGAGACCGACGAGAACCCCGUUCUCCAGGCAAGUGCCACUAAGGUUUUUUGUGACGAAGGGUGGGUUGUUUGUCGGGUGUUCAAGAAGAAGAUAACAACAGUGAGAAAGAAAAGUGACCACGACCCAUCAGCUUGCUUGUACGACGACCAAGUCUCACCAUUCAUGCACACAUUGCAACCUGCACCGUCACUAGAUCACCGUCACCACCAAAGCUGGAGGUCAAUCUUUGAGAUGGACGGCGGUGAUCGUCUUCAUCGGCAGCAGCAGCAGCAAGCGGGAGCAGUGGACUCAGUGAUGGAUUGGAGAGUGCUUGAUAAGUUUGUCGCUUCCCAACUCAGCCUGCAUGAUGAUCAUUAUCAACUACAUGCAUGUAUGCAGUAG